AUGCCUUCCGUAUCCUCUGUCUCCCUUGCCGUCGCCAUUCUGGUGGCCGGCUACCUCAGCGCCCUCUGCACGACGCCGCCAAAUCCCAGCCCGGAUAAAGCAAAGCGCUAUAAAUCCGACCGCGCUGGAAUCAUGGCCGGUACUUUCCCAUGGGUCGUCAAGCAUGUACAAAUCGUCGUCUUCGCCUACCACGCCCUCGUUACCCUCCUCUAUACUCCCGAGAACAAUGCGCAACUGCAUUCAAUCUGCCCACACCCCGAGAACCUCCCUCCUGCCCUCUUCACCUGGAAUGAGCGCAUGUACAAGAUUCUAUUCGUCAUCUUCCUAGGUGCUUUCAUCCGCCUCUCCGCAUACGGGGGUCUCGGCCGCAACUUCACCUUCCACCUCUCAAACCCAGACCAUCUCGUCACAGACGGGGUGUACAAAUACCUGCAACACCCGAGCUAUACCGGCGCAGCACUCGUAACCUUCGGGAUGGCCGGACUGUUAACGCGAUGGGACACAGCAGCCGGCGCAUGCUGGAUGCAGCCGUCGACGCUGGCAAUGUUGAACGGAUAUGGAUGGUUGUUCACCGCUGCUUGGGGGAUUUUCUUGUUUAGUGUGUUGGGAGUUCGUGUGAGGGAUGAGGAAACCAUGUUGCGGGGGCAGUUUGGAAAGGAGUGGGAGGAGUGGCAUGCGAAGACUAAGAGGUUUAUUCCUUUUGUCGUCUAA